AUGGGCAUUGAUCCAAAAACAUCGGUUGUUAAUCCCAAAGGUAAAGUUUGGGAAGUAGAUAAUCUUUAUGUUGCUGAUGCAAGUGUACUUCCAACUUCUGUUGGCGUCAAUCCUAUGAUUACCAUUUGCAGUGUUGCAUAUUCAAUUGCAAAUUUCAUCAUUAGGGACGAUAUGCCUAAAUCAAAGAUUUAA